CGUAGUCAACUUGAUUGAUGUCGCACUACACCUUUGUCAUUACAGGUGCAUCUAAAAAAAAAAAAUUAAUAUUGUGGAAAAGUUCGUUUUUUUUCUCUCUCUGUAAUUUACUUAAAAAAGUGGAACUUGCAUAUAUUCUAGAUUCAUUACAGAAAGUGAAAUAUUUUAGGCCUUUUUUUUUUUUUGUUUUAGUCUUGGUGGUUAUGGCUUAUAGCUCAUGGAAAUAAAAAAUCCAGUAUCUCAAAAUAUUAGAAUAAAGAAUUUAUAAUGCAGAAAUGUCGACCUUCUGAAAAGUAUGUUAAUUUGUGCACUCAAUACUUGGUCGGGGCUUUAAUCCUUUUGCAUGAAUUACUGCAUCAGUGUGGCAUGGCAUGGAGGCAAUCAGCCUGUGGCACGCUGAGGUGUUUAUUAUGGAAGCCCAGGUUGCUUUGAUGGCAGCCUUUAGCUGGUCUGUAUUGUUGGGUCUGGUGUUUCUCGUAGAUUCUCUAUGGUGUUCAGGUCAGGCAAGUUGGCUCACCAAUCAAGCGCAGUAAUACCAUGGUCAGCAAACCAGUUACUAGUAGUUUUGGCACUGUGGGUGCCAAGUCCUGCUUGAAAAGGAAAUCAGCAUCUCCAUAAAGCUCUUCAGCAGAUGGAAGGAUGAUGUGCUCUAUAAUCUGGUAGACGCUGCAUUGACUCUCGACUUGAGAAAACAUCAGUGGACAAACACAAGCAGAUGACAUGGUGCCCCAAAUCAUCAGUGACUUUGGAAACUUCACACUGAACUUCAAACAAUUUGGAUUCUGUGCCUCAUCACUCUUCCUCUAGACUCUGGAACCUUGAUUUCCAAAUGAAAUGCAACAUUUACUUUCAUCUUCCUCAUGAUUGUGGUUGUGUACUGAACCAGACUGAUGGAUUAAAGGCUCAGGAAACCUUUGCAUGUGUUUUGAGUUAAUUAGCUGAUUAGAGCUCUUCUCAGGUCAACAUUUAUAAAUUCUUUAUUGUAAUAUUUUGGGAUACUGGACUUUUAAUUUCCAUAAGCUGUAAUCAAGAUUAAAACAAAAAGGCUUCAAACUUCACUUUGUGUAAUGAAUCUGUAGUGAAAAAGUUCCACUUUAUGAAUAAAAUUACAGAAAAAAAUGACUUCCACAAUAUUCUAUUUUUUUUUAGAUGCACGCGUAUAUUUGAAGUUAAAUGAUAAGCUAGAUAUAAAUGUAGUCAUUGGGUAAUUAGAUCAGUUAAACAAUUGCAUGUUCUGUUGACUAAUAUGUAAUUUCAUUCUGUCACAAAACUGUCUUAAUGGCCAUGUAAUAUUUCUUAUGCAUUUAUAAAUUUGUUCUGUCUUUUUUUUUUUUUUUUUCUUUUUUUUUCUUCCUCUAUGCAAUGGUGAUGUGGGUUGUAUAUAUUUGCUAAAUGUUGUCACUACAAGAGGAGUAGUAUUAUUAUUUUUUUUUUAAACCCCCAGUUGCAGAGUUACUUUGCAGCUUGUGAAGAUGAGACACCGGCCAUCAGGAACCAUGACCGUGUUCUCCAGCGGUUAUGCUGCAGGAUAUAUCAUCAGGUUACUGGGUGCUUGUCUUGCACUUUACACGACGAGAAGCCGUUCGACAGAUUGAUGAACUUCAGCACAUAGCCACCAACCUUGGCAGAAGUCGAGCAUGGCUGUACCUAGCACUCAGUGAAAAUUCUUUGGAAAGCUAUCUUCGUCUUUUCCAGGAGAAUCAAACACUUUUGCAUAAAUAUUACUUCAAGAAUGCCCUGGUUUGUAGCCAUGACCAUCUCACUUUGUUCCUUACGCUUGUUUCGGGGCUGGAGUUCAUCCGCUUUGACCUUGAACUGGAUGUUCCAUACCUAGAUGUGGCACCUUACAUGCCAGACUACUACAAACCACAGAAUCUCUUGGAUUUUGAGGAGAGAUUGCCCAGUUCUGAUAGCCUGUCUCUGCACUCAUUCAACUCCACUAAUCUUGAGUGGGAUGACAGUGCCAUUGCUCCCUCAAGUGAAGAUUAUGAUUUUGGUGACAUCUUCCCUAUGUUGCAGUCAAUGCCAAAUGCAGACUGGGAAGAAGGCGAUCUAACUGACCCAGUCAGUGGUCCUCGCUCCACAGCCUCAGACCCCCAAACAGUAAUCAGUGACUCUGUGGUCAAAACAGCAGCAACUCCAGCCAGGAGCAUGUCUCUGUCACGGAGCCCCACGUUUCGCUACAACCCCUUUAUCGAAGACUCGGACACUAACACCUCGGCAGAUGUUACACCGGUACACGUAGCCAGUCACCGUGAUGUUCCUGCUGGUGAUGACACCGAGAGCACCAGCACAGAGCUGGAGGUCAUUAGGAUGGUCAGAAGGAGGAAACCAGGUAAGAAACGCCGUGGGAGGGGAUCAACUGACUCUGUGAGCAGUGGCCAGAGCAUGCCCUCCCCAGAACAAGUAGAAACUGAGGAAUCACUUCAGAUUAAGUCCUUGGAUGCACUGGAUGGCUCAGCACGAGCAGCCACAGAGAAUUGUGAGGACCAGGAACCUGAGGCCUUGCUGAGGCUCCCUGAAAUGACCGACACCUCCAUGGACAGUGUAGGCCAGCCACUCCGAGACGUAAUGGACAGGUUAAAUGGGGUUCUGGAUGGAAAGAACUGGGAAGGACAUGAAGAGGAGGCAGAGGAUGGUGUGUCUGGCAUUUAUUCAGCCACAUCUCCACUUCAGCAUCAGCCCUUUCUGGAGGACGCAGGUGGGGAGCCUCCCGAUCCAGACUCGCAGUCACGCCUUGUGGCCUCAGCAGCUUCUGCACACUUCUACUGCUUUACCCCCUACAGUGCAGAUGCUGCUGCCGAGAGUGGUAGCCACCAUGACUCUGCAGGGAAUGGCCAGUCGCAGACUGUUUACAGUGGCCAUGAAGAUGAGAGAGAAGGAGAGACAACAGAACAAGAUGCGUCCUCCAAAAUAAUAACGAAAGAGAGGGGAGAUGUUGAGAUGGAGCAGCCAAACGGUCCUGCUCAUAAUAAAUCUGAAGAAAAUGGAACAGGAGCAGGAUCUGGUCAAGCAGAGAAUUCCCAUCCUGCAGAAUUUAGGGUAGAUAAUAAUCAUCUACUACUACUUAUGAUCCAUGUGUUCCGGGAGAAUGACGAGCAACUCUUAAAGAUGGUGAGAAUGAGUACCGGCCACAUGGAGGGAGACCUGCAGCCUCUUUUUCUGCUGCUGACAGACUGCUAUAUAUACUUACUGCGGAAAGGAGCAGCAGACAAGCCGUAUAAUGUAGAAGAAGCUGUGUCCUACAGUGAACUAGACUACAUAUCUGUGGGUUUGGACCAGCAGACAGUCACUUUGGUGUGCACCAACAGAAGGCGGCAGUUUCUUCUGGAUACUGCAGAUUGUUCACUCACUAUCUGGUUCCUCAGCAUUCUGAAGUCUGCAAUGAUGAACGGCUGUACUGCGCUGCCUUACCCUGCUGUCCUGACAGAUGCAACUAUGGAGAAGCUGGCUCUGACUAAGUUUGUGUGCCAGGAGUCGCACUGUGAGGUGUCAGAGGUCAGUAUUCGUCUCUAUUCCCUCGUUCACUGGGAAGACCCCAUGGACAUGGGUUUGGGCACUCCCACCUCUCCGUCAGGCUCAGGGAAGUCCAGCAGCACCAAGGAGGGAGCACUUCUAUAUCGAGCAGGGACUUCAUACCUGGGGAGGGAGCUGUGGAAGAGUUGUUACCUUGUGCUCAGUGGUGGCAACCUCUUCCUGUAUGCUGAAAAGACUGAUGUCACGCCGCUGAUGUCAAUUACCAUGGGGGGUGAGCACUGUGGAGGCUGCAGACGUUCAAACAGUGUGGAGAGGCCACAUGCAUUCCAGGUGAUUCUGACAGCACGUUCUCCUCUAGAGCUGAGUGCUGAAAAUGAGCUGGACAUGGCAGAAUGGAUGCAGCUCAUCUGUCAGGCUGUGUCUAAAGGAGUGAUUCCACAGGGAGCCGUGCCAACGCCAUGUAUCCCAUGCUGCCUUGUUCUGACCGACAAGAAGUUGUUGACAUGUCAUCAGGAUUGCCAGACCAGUUUUUUCCGUUCGCUUUGUGCAGCUGAUAUCAAUGAUGUCGCGGCUGUCUGCCUUGAGGAGGAUAAAGAAUAUUGUGUUAUUGAAUUUGCAGCCGACCGGUCUCAGUUCCUCCCUCCAUGGGUCCUUUAUUUUAGUGGUUGUGGGGAGAGGAAUCGGCUCUUGGAGGCACUUGAUUCUGUGUGGACAUCUAUUUUUCAGGUCUCUCUGGCUCGUAAGGCUGUAUUGGACGAGCUGGUGCAGAAGAGGUGCAGGGAGGCGCUGGAGCUGAUGAGGAGUGCCUGGCAGAGGAGUGACAGUAUACACAGAGGGAGGUGCCAUAGAGAGCCAUGGUGCUGAGAGCCUGUCAUUCAGGCCAGAAUAGACUGGGGGCAAGCACUUGACUCCUCUUCCUGCUAUUAAUGUAUGUAUGAACAGCAGGCUGUAUAAGGACAUAAACACACAAAUUGCACAAAUAUUUGAGUUCUAGUGUACUAAACCUUUUGACCUAGACAAAUGGGCAAAAAAAAGGCCAAGAAUGAGCUGUAAACACUGUGCUUGAGGUGAUUGGCUACAAAUGGGAGUCAUUAAUGAAAAUCUAAACGCUUCACAAAUGUACAGUUUGUGUAAAGUGUAAAUACAAAAUGCUUAGUUAAGGUUACUUUCCUCCUCAUAACGCUCUCUUUUUAUUAAAUACCUCACUAAAACCCAUAUGUAUGCAAAGGUACUUGUUGAUGGAAUUCAAUGGUUUACUGUCUUGACUGUUACUGAAACGUAACAUGGUUAUUUUUUGGCUGCUAAAGGUUGGUUACUGUUGCUGGAUAUACUGUUGCUGGAUAUAUUGUUGAACCCACCUCCAUAUUCAGCAGUGCACAAAGAAUGAAAUGAGGGAGCAGGUUAUGAACGAAAGAAUGCAAGAUUGCACAUAAUAAAUUUGUUUUUUUCUCAGUUGUUCUCCAUCGCUUUUACUCACAUUAUCUAUACUGAUUUUACUAAUGGGAUGAAUGUAAUUGCUGUGGGGCAAUAAUCCAUCAGCCUGGAUUAAGCUUUUUGUUUGUUACAUAGAUUUCUGUGCUGAUUUCCCCCCCAUGUGUUUCCUGUAAAAAGUCACUUUGUUUUCCAAGAAACUUUCUAAAGAAAGAAAUGUGCAAGUCUUUGUCCCAUUUUUGCAUGGUGUGACAUCCUGAUAUCACCGAACACACAGAAUGGUACAUCAUAAUGUGCUUGUAUGCAGUUAAUGCAAUAGGCAGAGAAACUGUAAUGUGAGAAAUUCCAUGCACAGUAUUGCAUUCACUUCCAUUUCUUCCUUUUAGCUUUGUUUUUAGCCAUUUACCCCCCCCCCCCCCCCCUUCUCUUCCCAUUAUUAUUUAGUGCAAGUGUAUCAGCACAUAUUGGGGCCUAACUCUCCUUUGGAAAGAGUAGCCAUUUUUUUAAUUAUUAUUAUUAUUAUUAUUAUUAUUAUUAUUAUUAUUCUCGUUGUGUUUUUAUUUUAUUUUGUAUUUAUGUUGCUUUAGCCAACCAGUGUUUUUAAGGAUCGGUCUGCAAAACUACUUUUAUGUCUGGCAGAUCCCAUCACUUGACUUUUACACAACCCCUUUGUUGAGACCCAUAUGCUCCAUCCAUUUACAACAAAAGGCCUGUUUGGUCAUAUUGUACAUUUUACAUGCAAGUGUGCAAUUAUACUUGUUUUCAUUUCAGAUCAUUAAUGCUUUCCCAACAUUGUUAUUUUAAGUUUUAAACAUUUCCUUUUUAAAUUGAAUGGCCAUUCCAUAACUCUACCCUAUGGUUGAGUUGCACUCUGGAAAUACUUCUGGUGGGUGGUUUUUAAGGUGUGUGUGUACUUUUGAGGAUGUUUCAUGGGCUCUGAUGACUUGAUGUGAUGAAGUAAGUUUUAGAACCUCAGGUUUCAUGACGUUUGUCUGAAUUAAAUGUAACCUGUAUAUUUGGACAUUGGCAAUGAUGGAUUGCAGUUGAAAUUGUUUAAAAUCUCCUUUUUAAAUAUGUUUGUAAUGUAUAUGUACAUAUUCUGUUUGUAUUUAGUUGCUUCUUAUUUGUAUGUGUUGCCAUUGUUAAUAAGGUAAUCCAAUCUGCCCUAAUACUUGAUUUUAAGUACACUAAAUGCUGCAUGUCUCUUGUUUGGAUUUUUUUUUUUUUUUUUUUUUUUUUUUUUUUUUUUUUUUUAAAUAAUGUUCUCUAAUUUUUUUUGUAAAUGGGGAAAUAAAACAAAUAUAAAAUAUCCUCAGACUCAUUAAUGAAAACCAGAAGUGCUUGGUUUAGUUAUGUUGAAGUUUUGAUACACACACACACACACACACACACACACAUCUUGAGUAUACUGCAGAUAUACAUUUCUUAUCCCCACCCCCCCCAAUCAUUUAACAUAUCUUUGGCCAAAAGUAUGUGAACCUGUCCAUCCUCAUGCAAUACAGUAUGUGGUUCUUCCCCAAACUGUUGUCAAAGUUGGAAGCACACAACUGUAUAGGAUGUAUUUGUAUGCUUUAGUAUUACAAUUUCCCUUCGCUGGAAUUAAGGGGUCGAGCCCAAAUGUUCCAGCAUGUUUCUGUGCUAUAGUAUGGCCAAGGUUGAAGUGGAAGAAUUUGAGUUGCCUGGACCUCAAACCCACUGAACAACUUUAGGCUGAACUAGAAUGCUGACUGUGUCUCAGGCCUCCUCACUCAACAUCAGUAUCUGACCUCAUUCAUGCUCUUGUGUCAGAAUGAAUCCAGACAGCCAUGCUCCAAAAUCUAGUGAAAAGCCUUUCCAGAAGAGUAGCGGUUAUUAUAACUGCAAAGGGGGCCUAAAUCUGGAAUAGUAUGUUCAAAAAGCACAUAUGGGUGUGGUGGUCAGGUGUCCAUGAACUGUUUGUGUGUGUAAUUUUUAUUUUAUUUUUUAAAAAGUCAAGUACUUAAUAUCUGAAUUUAAAAUCUCAUCAGUUUUUGAUAGUUCUGUUCUUUUCCAAUACAUCAAAAAUGCAGUAUUAUAUCCGGCAUUGAUUAUGUGCUGUUAUGCUGUACAACAUAUUGCAGUAUUGUUAUUGUUGACCCAAUACUGUCACUGCCUCUGUGCUUAAAUUUCAAGGCUACUGGAUACUCACCAUUAGGCACUUGAGCAAGGUACACAAAACUAAUUAAAGGCACUAUAUAAACUUAUGUUCUAGAUAGAGCUUCUGUUCUAUCUUUACUUCUUUCUUGCCCUUCUGCUCUAAAGACAAUUUUGACUAACACAAAGCUCAGACUAAUUCAUAAAUCAUGAGAAACCAUAAUUUUUAAGGUUCUCCCACCAUGUCUGGUUACGUAAAUUUGUGAUGGGUCAAUAUGAAUGGUUUGGGCUAAACCUUUAAUAAAAGAUGUUACUGUUUGGUCAUUAUAGUUUCCAGAACAAGACAGUUUUCUAUGUGAAAUACAGUAAAAUAUUGUUUGUAAAUGGUCUGCACUUCUAUAGCACUUUUAUCCAAAGCGCUUUACACUCUGUCUCAUUCACCCAUUCUCUCUCACACACACACCAACGGUAGCAGAGCUGCCAUGCAAGGUGCUAACUUGCCAUCGGGAGCAACUUGGGGUUCAGUGUAUUGCCCAAGGACACUUCGGUAUGUGGAGUCAUGUGGUCCGGGAACCGGGUCUGUUCGGCAGUGACUAACUUGUUUUAAGGGUAUUUCAGGCAUAGAAGUUAAUAACUAUUGAGGACUAGACUUGUUGGCAUCAAGUUCUACCUGUUCCUCAUUAAUCAGUAAAUACAGUUAAAACUCAUCAUCCUAGAGGAGACGUAU